AUGGCUGCGACGACCGAGGUCACUCCCGAACAUGUGCUGCAGCUGACGGCACCGAGCACUGGGUUCCUUUGCCCAAUCACAGCUAACACGUACAAUAUUGAGUUUUAUUCCUUCGUUGUUCGCGACGCGGACACCAAACAAGUUAUGUUUGAAGUAGAGCGAGAUGCCAGCACAUAUCCCUCUGUGGCAUCCCUCGCUCAACUCCCAGAAGAGCAACAACAGGCGGCACGGACCAUAUUUUACCGCUUCCCGCCAUCAAUGCUCCGAAAGCAGCGCGUGUCUGCCACCCUUUUAUUUGGCGUCAACGGCGAUAAACCGGUGCCGGAUCUUCGUAUGAUUGAACGACAUUACUUCCGCAACACCCUCGUAAAGACAUUUGAUUUUAAAUUUGGCUUCUGCAUCCCACACUCCCGCAAUACAUGGGAGGCGGUGUAUGAUGUGCCGCAAUUCAAUGCAGAAUGGCUCGAGGCAAUAGAGAAGGGCACCAAUGAGAUGACGAGCGACAGUUUUUACUUCGCUGAUGGGCGACUCAUUAUGCACAACAGGGCAUUUUAUGACUACAGUGCACCAGAGGAGGAAUUCACUAAAUAA